CCAAGUCGGAGUGUCUUGACUAUGCAGUACGUUGCAUCUGCCGCCAAACGAUAAAGCCUUGGGCCGAGUCAGACGGCGGCAACAUUAAGGUACGCCCAGCCCGUGAUGCCUUGUCACUGUCAGAUUUUAGUGUGAUGAGCCACCGAAGUUUUAAGCGAGGGGAGACACCCGGCAACACACAAGCUGUGCCCUUUCUUAUUAAGAAAUCAAAUGAAACAUGCGACGUGAUGUCGUACGUUUUCGCCAUCUUUCAAGUCCACAUCGGAAAGCGUUAUGCUGUCGCUUGAAGUUUUGUCCACAAAAAAGCUUCGGGUUCAUAUUUGUGGUACUUGAGAGUGUUGUUGGUUUGACAAGCUCAUGCUCAACCCAGUUUAGCUCUACUGCAGUCACAUUACGGGCACAAAAUAGCCUGCCGAUCGUUCUAACAUUGUUUUGCCUACUAUCUAUUCACUACACUGCUAUCAUCGCCGCAUUGCCACCGAGUAUUCAAUUUUAUUAUUUCCCAGGGAGAACAAAUAGGUCUGGUAGACACAUUCUUAUAUACCGGCAUGUAAGGGUACCAUUCUAAGAUCCCUAUGGGCGACCUAAAUGAACAGGAUGAAUAU